AUGGUCACCCCCGACAGCGGCAAAACCGUCGCUGAUACGACCUACUACGACGCGUUGGGCGUCCCACCCACUGCGACUGAACUUGAAAUCAAAAAGGCUUAUCGCAAGCUCGCCAUUGUCACUCACCCUGACAAGAACCCCGGUGAUGAAACCGCACAUGAACGCUUCCAGGCGAUCGGCGAAGCCUAUCAGGUUCUGAGCGAUGAAGAACUGCGAAAGCGUUAUGACAAGUUUGGAAAGGAAGAUGCCGUCCCCGGUGGCGGUUUUGAGGACCCCGCGGAGUUCUUCAGCAUGAUCUUCGGUGGCAGCGCCUUCGUCGACCUUAUCGGUGAAAUCUCCCUGAUGAAGGACCUCACCACAACCAUGGAUAUCACGAUGCAGGAGAUGGAGGAGGACGAACUGGCCGCCUCCGCCGAAGAAAAGCUGCACAUUCACGACGAAAAGGUCAAGGCUGAGGGCGCCGCUGGUGCCACCGCCGAAUCGGCCUCGGCCUCUACCCCAGCCCCGGCUCCCGCCGCCGCCGCCGCCGAGAAACCCGCCCCCAGCUCUGGCACGAGCACCCCCCGUCGCCAACUCGGCCAACAGGCCAUCAUGGACAAGUCGGAGGAAGAAGCCCGCAUGGAGGCAGCUGGUCUGUCUCAGGAGGAGAAGGAGUUGCGGAAGAAGGGGAAGAAGAAGGGUGGGUUGACCCCGGAGCAGCAGGAACGUCUGGCUGCGUAUGAGAUGGAACGGAAGAAGGCCCGCGACGAGCGGGUGGAUACGCUCGCUGCCAAACUGAUCGACAAGAUCAGUGUCUGGACCGAAACUGACAAGGGUGCGGAUGUGACUCGCGCUUUCGAGGAAAAGAUUCGUCUCGAGGUCGAGAACCUGAAGAUGGAGUCUUUUGGUCUGGAGAUUCUGCACGCCAUUGGUCAGACGUAUACUCAGAAGGCGACCUCGUUCCUGAAGUCGCAGAAGUUCCUGGGCAUCUCGGGCUUCUUCUCUCGCCUGAAGGACAAGGGCACGUUGGCCAAGGAGACGUGGACGACCAUCUCGACCGCCAUCGAUGCGCAGAUGACCAUGGAGGAGAUGGCUCGAUUGGAGGAACGGGGCGGUGAAGACUGGACGGACGAGAAGAAGGCCGAGUACGAAAAGAAGGUGACCGGAAAGAUUCUGGCGGCGGCUUGGCGCGGCAGCAAGUUCGAGAUUCAGAGUGUGCUACGCGACGUGUGCGACAAGGUGCUUCACGACAAGCGGGUCAAGUUGGACAAGCGGAUAGAGCGUGCACACGCCAUGGUCAUUGCGGGCAAUAUUUACUCCAAGGCUGAACGAGAUCCCGAGGAAGAAGGUGACUACAUGGCCUUUGAGCAGCUGAUGGCGGAUGCCAUGACGAAGAAGGACAAGGAGGAGAAGAAGAAAAAGAAGAAGGAGUCGAAGCAUGAACACCAUGCGGAGGAGGUCAAGGCGUAA